UUUGUAAAUAAAAUAAGUCCGGCUCUUUCUUUCAACUAAACAGACAAUCAAUUAAAUGUACAUAUAAAAUUAUUACGUAACUUUCCGCGUUUAUUGACAGUGAAGGUUUAAAUAUUAUCACACUUACUUACUGUAUCAAAAAAGCUAUGAACUACUGUACAUAAGUAAAUAAAUAAGAAGAGUAAAUUUUAACAUAUUAGAUGAAAACAACAGUUGGCGAUAAAUAAAUUAUAUUUUAUUUAUGUUAUUAAAGGUGUUGUUGAUCGUAUUUGAAAAAUGGGAUUAUUAAUUCUAAUGUGUUUCACCAAAGAAUAAAAUAAGUCGUUUUCAUAACAAACAUAUGGUUUAAGUUUAUGUGGAACAGUUGGAAUUAAUCGAUUUUGAACACUUUUGGUCCUUGUAUGUCAUCAACAGAAAAUAGUAAUAACGCAACUAAGACGGUUUUGCUCCAAAAGCAAAUGUCGUUUGUUGGCAGUCAUACACCGAAAACUGAAGACACUGAUGCUCUUGAAGGCACAAACAAUUGUAGUACUACCAAAUAUAAGAAUGCUGCGCUGGAAUGGAUUUGUUGUGCACCUUGUAUUUGGUUGCGAACUUCGACAACCGUUCAUAAAAUUGCUAUUACGGCGGCUACAAUUUUGGUAACGUCCUUGUUAGUUGCAUCACCAAUACUGUUUUUAAUAAGUACAGCUCCUUCGCGUCUACCAAAGGAGUGUUUUUCCAGCACAGAUGAAUGUGUUUCAACUUCUCCUCCUCCCAUAGAAUGCUCAGAAGUAAUAUGUCAAGUAGUUGCUGCAAGUAUUCAAGGAAACAUCAAUUGGAAUUUGGAUCCGUGCACAGAGUUUAAAAAUUUUACCUGCUCAGAAAAUCUUCGUGUUAAAAAGACCGUGCGGAGCAUUCAAGGAACUGUUGACACUCAGAUGCAAUAUUUUCUAUCUACUGUCAAGCACAGAGUGGUUCUGUCAUGGUUGGGGCUGCAUGUCAAGGAUUGAUGGUAAAAUGGACAAAUUUGGAUAUCUCAAGGUUUUGAAAGAAAAUGUUAAGCAAAGUGCGGAGAAGUUGGGUAUCGCAAACAACUUUGCUUUCUAUCAAGACAACGACUCCAAGCACCCAUCGGGAGUUGCAAAGCUUUGGUUUAUACACAAUUGCCACAAACCUUGUAAUAUAAACACCAGCGCGGAGCCGUGGCCGCAAUGAAAUCGAGCAUUUGUGGAAGGAAUUAGCUAGAAGAGUGUAUCAGGAAAGGUUUAACACCUUAGGUCAGCUAAUAGCCGGUGGUUUGUCAAAACUUGGUCAAAUAUGCUCCAAAGCGCUUACAGGCUGUUCUGGAUAACAAUGAAUAUACAACUAAAUAUUGAAUCCUUUUAUUUUAUAUUCUUAGGGGACCUAUUUUGUUUUUAUUGUUUUAGUUUAUUUGCUUAAAUUGGCAGCAUACCUAUAUUGAAAAAAAUUAAGUUUUCUUUAUCACUUAAGCAGACGAUAUUAUGAAGUGUAAAUAAAAGCGAAAAACAACA